GAAGCAGCAAUGCAGCAGACGCACUCUCCUCAUUUCAUCUCGGGCUUCAUGGCUGCAGGAUGGAUCCUCAUCAGCACCACCAGCACCUUUUCUUCCUGCUGCCGCCGGGAAUCAUGAAGUCAGAGCGGAACAGAGGCUCCCCUGCGGUGCACAACGUCCACCUGCCCAACCGCUACUGUCUAACGAGGACAGUUAUUACAGUCUGGCUGUGAGGGCCCCCAGCAUCCCCCGUCAGACAGCAGAGAAGACCUAGGAUUUGCCUGUCACAACAAAUGUCUCUGACUCCAAGCCGGAAGUCAUCCUCCAGUCAGCGCAGGCGCUCGGUUGGAACCGGUGGUGGCAGCAGGGGAUGCUCCCACAGCGACACAUCCAGCACUUACACCUAUCCCGGCCGGCUUAGGGCCUCCGAUGGCAGCCCCACAGCCCGGACCAAUCCCAGUACUCCCAGGCGCCAGACAAAGCACACAGCCUGCUUCAACAAUCAUGGGAUCAAACCUCCGACCCCGGAGCAGUACCUCACACCCCUGCAACAGAAGGAGGUGUGCAUACGACAUCUGCGAGCCAGGUUGAGAGAAAACGUCGAGAGAUUACAGCACAGGGACUAUGAAAUAGAAGAGUUGAGGACCCAACUGAACAAGAUGCAGGAAGAUUGGAUAAAGGAGGAGUGCCACCGACUGGAGGCCCAGUUAGCUCUGAAGGAGGCUCGUAAGGAGAUCCAGACCCUUCAUGAGGUGGUGGAGUCGGUGAAGUCCAACAUCGGCGUCCUUGAACAAGACCCUCAUGAUUAUAAGCCAUACUUGGGGUCGCAGGGAGGUCGACCUGGGGGGAAGUCUCGCUCCUGUGGGUGUUCCCCUGCCAGCACUUUAAGUCGCGGUACCACCUUCACCCGACGAAGCAGCGAAGCUCUGCAGAUGGACCGCAGCUCCAACGCUCCAGAGCCAGGCGGAUCGGCUCGCUCUGCAGGACAAACCCACCUGCUGCUGGAGGCGGCGCUCCUGUCGGAGCAGCUGCCCCAGCAGGCCCACCACCUCCGGGCCCCUCCGGUGGUUUCUCGCUCGUCCACCUUUGAACGGCUGUGCAGCGGAGGGGCUGUGCUGCCCAUAUCUCACUCCUGCCACACUCUCAACAGCGGCUGCAGGUGCAGCGGACACGCCUACCUCCCCCACCAUCACCUGUUCCUUCACUUACCUCAAGAAGAGCCUCCAGUCUCAGCAGCACCGACCGCUGUCCCUGCAGCUCAAACCAACCCCAUCCCUGUCCCUGCAGCAGAGAAGAAACCAGAGGUUCGAUCUCAGGGCUGCAGCCCAACCAUGACCUGGCUGAGUGAGGAUAGAAGCAAUGAACAGCUGAGCGUCAUUUCCUUGGUAAAAGCAGAGAUCACCCCAUCAGAUCCAAGGUCCUCAACAUCUUUACCUCCUCUGUCUCCUCCUGAUCUCUCUCCCAGCCCCGCUGACAAAUCUUGGAAUGUCACAAAGGUGCCAGCAAGCACCCAUAUCUUUCAGCCUAAGCCUGUAGAUCCCCUUCCUGUUAGGCAAGACGCUACCGUGGUGGAGAUAGAGGAGGAAACCAGGGAGGGAGGCGAGGGAGGGAAUGAGGAGAGGGGUUCCCCUGAGCUGUCUCACUGGAGCCGUUACUUUCUCGUUGAUCUCCUGGCUCUCGCCAUGCCGGUAGUUCCAACCAUGGCGUGGCUGUGCAGGGGGGGACCACAGGAAGUCAUGCCUGUGUAUCAACUCGGGUCUCUACUGAGAGGCUGCUGCGCUGUGGCUCUACACUCACUGCGACGCCAAGGCGGGGGCAGAGGAGGCAGACUGGCCAGCAUGAAUGGGACAACUUCCAUCUGAUGCUUUAAGGCCGCUUUUAGAUUCAUCCCACUGCUCUAACCCUCUGCAGAUACAAGCCUGACUCUAAAGCUGCAUCUAUCACCGAGUCGUACGGUAUUGGUCGCCACGAUCCGAGAGUGUUUGAAUGAUCUGGUUCAGUUAAGCCAGAGAUUGAAU